AUGAAAACAGCUGUAUUCGGACACGACGAUUCAUGCGACGGCUCAUCACUCGCAUUAAACAGCGGUGCAGUUGCACCAUCAUUGACAUUCACCCCACCAGCAAUUCUCUCGGCUGCUGCUUCACUUCAUCCAAGAAGAAGUGGUGGUGCACUUGCUGCGUCCGUAAGUACAUAUCGGGCACAACACAGUCGCCGUACCUCUCGUAUGCAGAAUGUGAGUUUUUCUUCAAAAAUUUCUUUGCUUUAUUAG